GGUCUCCUUCCUCAAUGUUGAUCGGUUGCCCCGGCUUGGCUCGGCAGAAAGCUCUGCUGUAUGACGCUAUUUUAUUAUUUCUCCUUGCUGUGCUGUUGAUCCCCUCGGGAUAAGCCAGAAUUCGGAUACUACGCCUCUGUUCAUUCUUCCGCUUUCUGCUUUGUCUUCUUCGGUUUCUGCUCCUUCUGUUGCAACCCCAUCGAUUUCUUCAACUUGAAGCAUGCAUUCGUGCUCUGUUCUGCUUUCAUCCAAGGCAAGUCUUCAUGGCAAAAACCGAAAACAUUCUGUAUCCGUUGACAGAUGCUAUGUCAUGUGCUAGCCGCUGAUUCUGGGAUCCAUCAGAGAUUUCCAUGUAUGGUAGACAGUCGGCGUGCACCUCUGGGUUCGUCCAACAUGUUUGCAGCUUUUGUCCUUGCCAGGGUCUUCCAGACUCCCUCGUUGAGGGAUGUGCCCUGUUCACCGAGGAUUACGACACCACAUGUUAAGUGACAGCUCUUCAACUAUUCUGGUCGAUUCUUUCAUGGUCAAAAGUGUCUGCUAGCCUGUCUGAAAGUCAGCUUAAGACUCGGACUUCCAUGAUCAGAUGACUGCCUUGGAUCCAAGCUAAUGGAUUAUGACGCAAGUCUAAGCUAUGGAAUAUUCUGCAGAGGAUGCUUCAAAGCGCGUGGACGCAGUAUCAGGACUCCGGUCUCCCGUAGGAAUUACGAGCAAGCGCUGCGAUAAAAGAACCAAAUCUUUGUUCUUCCAGCUGUUUCAGUAAUUACUGUGUAAUUUGUGGGAGAGUGAAACCUGGCCCACUGGACAUCGUGAGGCCUGGCGCAUUUACAUGCCCUGAGCUCGUCGUCGUUCUCUCUAGAGAGGAUCCUCUUUAGGGGACAAUUCUCUGCCCUUCUCGAAAAUCGGGACGGACGGAAAGGGCAUAUUCUAGUAUAUUUUGAUGGACUCGAUCGUUGGAAAUCCCCAAGGCUAGUCAUAGAAUAAUGUGAUGUGAAGCAGGUGCGGGUGCAUUUGUAUGCUUGUGCGAAAUUCGUGACAGAAUUUUGCAUUCUCCCACAUUCGCCGUUUUGAGCCAUCCAGAGGAGACACGGGCCGAAAAAUAUGUUCGUGCUGGGAACUAUCAUCUUGAAGUCCGAUACUGAUCAACAGUGCUUGAGACGACUUUCUCUCGUUGAUGCCAAUGCUGAGGCGUGCACUAGUACGAGCCAUACGUUUUCACGGUACAUUCUACACAGGGAAAAGGAUCUUUCAGAUUCCCUUCAUGCAAUUUGAAACAGCUGACUCGAACUUGUAUCCAGCAGCUGGCCCUCAAAGUUGCUUUCCCGAGGAUAUUCUUUGCGAUUCGCUUCGCAGCUUGACCUGUAACGUGCGGACGUGGACGCAUCCCCCUCGCUUAGUCCAGUCACUGUAUGCGGACCUGCUCUUCGGCCGAUCCUGAGACCGCAACGUCAGACUUUCAGAGCCACAGCGAAACGCACAUCCUUCGGAGCUCGCAACUGGGCGCUCAACUCGAUCCUUGCUUUGCAGUCAAGUCGCGGAAUUCACAUCGCUUUUCACUCUGAUGAUGUUCUGAGGCAAUUGCGGAAAGUGAAGAUCGCUGCAUGGGUAUGAUUUGAGGGAUCGCUGAAUGGAAUAUUUAGGGUAGGGUUAGUUCAAGACUUUCCAUAAUCUUAUGUUCCCAAAACCCCUACUGGUUCCGGAAGGGACUUUAUUCUUAAGAUCGCACUUUGAAUCAGACCAAAUCUGUUGUCAAAGUGCGGCACAAUCCCAAUCAAUGAUGCAUUCCUUGGAAAAUGUGCUGAAUAAGUACAUACAUUGUACAGAAACGGGUGAAAUAGAAUUAGUCUCAUAUGUUGAUUACCUUGGGAAUCCCAAGUUGGGAUGCAUGGUCGGACCAUGUUCACAGAAAUGG